AUGACUUUCCUCCCCACUCUAAAGUCGAUCUUCUCCCGCUCUAAACCCCUUCAGACGCCGUAUGGUGGUACACAUACCUCGAGCAUCCGCUCCUCAACCCCCACAUUCCGACCUAUCCGCCCUUCAAAUCCCAAAUCCACAGGGAUUCUAAAACUUCCUCCUGAAAUCCUUCUCGCAAUCUUCACUUUCGCAUUGACGAACAAUAAUGGAAUCAAUAAACUCCACCACCCAAGCUCAAUCGGGAAAACAUGUCGAAGAUUCCACGAAGUCCUAUUAUCGUAUAUCUACGGAGAAUGUAAAAUGCUUUUUCAGUAUUCAGGAUGGGAGAACCAACCCGGGUGUAUUUAUUCUCGUGAUAAACUAGAGUUGUUUAGACACUAUGGGAGUUUUGUCAGAAAACUAUCAAUAAUAUCCGACCAUGCAAUUCUUCCCGACUCCACACACCUAAUCGCCCGUUUCCCGUGGGCCCCUUCCCUCCCGUCUGCCCUCUUCGACCUAACACCCUCAUUCACCCACCUGACAUCCCUUGAAUUCGACGGUAACUUUUAUAAUUCAAUCCAAGAUCUAGUCCAAAGCCUUCAAUACCUUCUCACUACCUCCUUCUACCUGAAAAAGCUAUCUCUAAAUGUUAGCGUUCGGUAUCAAUGGAGCUACAAUGAUGUAUACGAACACUUAAGUAAAGGGAUAAGACUAGAACAAAGCAAUAAAGACACAAAAUACGCGGUUUUGGAUGAAUUAAAAAUUAGGGUAUUGGACGAAGGGGUUGAUACGCCACCAGGGGAGUUGAGGAGGUAUCACUUACUUGAGAUAUUGUGUUUGAUAUUAAGACCCGCUACUAGGAAGACGAGGUGUUUGGGGUUUAAUAUCUUCAACAAAUGGGAGCCGGCUAGGUAUGAGAACCAUAGAGAACAGAUCGAAAAUGAGAGGAGUAAGUUUUUUGAUUUCCCUCAUUUGAAGAAAUUGGAAAUCUCGGGGGCGGAGGGACAGUUGGAAAUGUUUGAUAGGUUUGUGAAGGUGGAUUGGAGUGAAGUUGAGCAAAUCAAAGCUUUGGUUGAUUUUACUAAGGAGUUUGAUAACUUCAAGUUCGCCCAUUUCAUCCGUCGUUUUGAUCGCCUUCGCACUUUAACCAUAACAGUCAUCCAAGAACUCCUAACAUACCUCCCAAAGUUAAUUCCUCCACUACAACGUCGACCGUGGUUUCAUAUAUCUCCGUGGGGAUACUUUCGAGAUUCGAUCAUACUUCCUCGCCAUCCUUCUCUAAAAGUUAUAAAAAUUGGGGAUACGGGAGAUAACAAAGUAGAGAUUGAAGAAGAGCUGGGAUGGGAUGUUAUGAGGGUUUGUAAGUUGGAGAUGAGGGAUAGAGGGAUUAGGGGGGCAAGGGAGGUUUACGAACCGUAUAGAGUGCUGAAGGAGGGGAAAUGGCAGAGUUGGUUGGUGGUGUUGUAUUUUGAUUAA